AUGGCCGACCUCGUUGACUCAAUGUUGGACCUCAUGCGGCGGUUGCCUCCAACGAGAACCGAGGAGAACGUGACAUCGCUCAUUGGAAUAUGUCCAGAAUACGCGGACGACUUGCUCGGCAGUGUCGACCAGCCGCUGAAGCUCAAGACAGAUCGUGCUACAGGCAAAGAGUAUCUUGCAUGUGACUACAACAGAGACGGAGAGAGCUAUAGAUCGCCAUGGUCCAACGAAUACGAUCCCCCAUUAGAAGAUGGGACGGUGCCGACUGCGAAACUACGCAAACUUGAAAUCGCUGCGAACGAAGCGUUUGACACGUAUCGUGAAAUGUACUACGAGGGAGGAGCGUCUUCUGUUUACCUCUGGGACCUGGAUGACGGUGGUUUCGCUGGGGUUGUUUUGCUGAAGAAAACAAUGACCCCUAGCUCAACCCAAGAGCCUUCUGGCUCUUGGGACUCUAUUCAUGUUUUCGAGACUGCGGAGCGCGGGCGGCAAGCCCACUACAAGUUGACCUCGACUGUUAUGCUGCAGCUUGUCACGCGUAAUGGGUCUGAGGGCGAUGCUGACGAAAAGGGGAGCUCGAAAGGUCCAGCAUGGAAGCAUCAGGGAGAGGUCAGUUUGAGCGGGAGCAUGACACGUCAGGCAGAGCAAGACUGGCCGCUCACCGACUCAUCCUCACAUAUUACCAACACUGGGCGUAUGAUUGAGGAGAUGGAGAUUAAGAUGCGCAACCUACUCCAAGAGGUCUAUUUCGGCAAGACACGCGACAUUGUCUAUGAUUUGCGGAGUGUAGAUGACCUGGAGAAGGCACGACGCCAGCGAGAGUUGCAGAAGGAGCUCGUUGGAUUCAUAAAACGGUAA